UACGAGGGCGUACACUCAAGAGAUCCCCAGCAACUCGCAUGGCUCUCGUCUGUCGACUCUAAUCCUAUGUCAUGAUCUAACGGUGAAAAUCGACCAUUUAAUUCUGUAAACCCCUUCGAAACCUUUUUGUCCUUGCAUGAGCAACCAGGGAUCGCUUCUAGAUUUUGAAUUCAUCACAGAUUCUCUGGAUUCUCAUGGAUUUGGACAAGGAGGAAGUUGCAGCUGAUAGCUCUAUUGAGGAAAAAGCUUAUGAGUUAGAAAGUGGUGAAGGAGAUACUGAAAGAGGUGAAAUUGGGAAGUCAGAAGGAGGUGAGGUUGGUGAGUUGGAAAGAGAUGAAGUUUUAGAACCAUAUGUGGGCAUGGAAUUUGAAUCUGAAGAUGAUGCUAGGAAAUUUUAUGUAGAGUAUGCAAGACGUGUAGGAUUUGUUGUACGUGUUAUGCAACGUCGUCGUUCGGGGAUUGAUGGCAGAACUCUUGCUCGUCGACUUGGAUGUAACAAACAGGGUUUUUCUCCUAACCAAAAGGGUGCACUUGGACCUGAUAAGAAGCCACGCCCUAGUGCACGAGAAGGUUGCAAGGCAACUAUCUUGGUGAAGAUGGAAAAAUCUGGAAAAUGGGUCGUCACUAGAUUUGUGAAGGAUCACAACCACCCCCUGGUUGUUACUGCAAAUGGAUUCAGUACAUCGGGAGAUAAGGAUAAGAAAAUCAAAGAACUUAGCAUGGAAUUGGCACAUCAAGAACAACUAUGUGCAGCAUAUCGAGAGAAGUUGCUGUCUUUUAUGAAUAAUGUUGAGGAGCAGACAGAAGAGUUGUCGUCGAAAAUUCAAGUUAUUGUUGACAAUGUUAGGAAGCUUGAAUCCGAAAUGUUAAGACAUUCUCAGAGUAGAAGAUAGUCUUGGAAUUUUUAUGUAAUAGCUUAUUUAUCAGUGCAUUUUGUUCAUAAUUCUUAUUUGUUUCUCAAAUGGCUUUGGCUAUGUACAGGGAUUAGAAUGAAUUUCUUUUGUCAGGGUAUUGAAUAUUGAACAGUUAACGUUGUGUAACCAAUUCAUAAUGUUCUAAUUGGGAAAUGGAACUAGCUCUCUCUUCACCCUUUCAAUAUA